CCUUUUUCUACAGGGAACAUGAAUUUCAAACUAUUGCUGAUGUACAAUAGUAAUCUUUUGAAGAAUCUAUCCUGUUGAAAGUUCAGGAGAAAUCCUUCCUGGACAUUUCCUUGAAGUGCUAGCCAUUUGUGUUUGUGUGCGUGUGUGUGUACGAUGGGAUCCGGAGGAAGAUUCAUCAACCGCCUGUUUUUUCUGCUACUCACUGGCACAACAUUCCUGGAUGUACAUGCAGGGUUGGACGGGUCGAGGAUUGGGAACUUCAUCACCCGCUCGAGGAGUCUCAUCAAGAUUCUGAAAGCAGAGUACCCCGCAGUGACUAGCCGUGGCCAGCAGCAGGAGCCACAGCACCACCCCCACCACCACCACCAGCAGCAGCAGCAGCAACAAGGACUACUCUCCCUGCAAAUGGACUUGCAGACGUUCCGCACGUCCGACGCUUUCGCUGGCAACGAGACGUAUUCCCACGGCGCCGACUUGUCCGUAUCUGACCCCGCGGAACUGAAAACUUUCGACCGAGACAUUUGCUUCACAGAGGACCUCGGUUGUUUUUCGACCCAAUGGGGACCCAUGAGCCACUUGAACACUCUGCCAGUGUCACCGGAGGAGGUAGACGUCAAGUACUUGCUGUACACGAACGAGUCGAGAGUCAGUCCCUUGAUCGUCAAAACCACUGACGUUUUGAUACUCAUGCAGAACACCAGUUUCAAAGCGGACAAACCCAUCAAAUUCAUCAUUCAUGGUUACAUGGAUUCGGGCUAUUCCGGUUGGAUCAACGAUAUGCGAGACGCGUUGCUGGACGAGGCAGAAAAGGAAAUAUUUUUGAACUACGACUCGACGAUGAACAUUUUCGCCGUCGACUGGGAAAAGGGAGCACAUUUCCGGAAUUACGUCCAAAGCGCCGCCAACAGUGAACUCGUCGGACGGGUGUUGGCACAUUUCAUCUCGCAACUCGUCGACAAUGGCGUCAAAUUAGAUGACAUCCAUAUCAUCGGAUUCAGUCUGGGAGCCCAGGUUUCCGGUCACGCUGCGAACUGGUUGAAGCACGAGAGAAACGACAGCCUGGUGGGCAGAAUAACAGGUCUGGAACCCGCUGCGCCGCUUUUCGUCGGCCGAAAUUACCCAGAAGACACUCAUUUGGACGCUUCAGACGCGAAAUUCGUGGACAUUUUGCACACUAACGGCCAGCCGCUGUGGCUCGGAGGUCAGGGAGCAUUCAUCGACACGGGUCACGUGGAUUUCUAUCCGAACGGAGGAUUGGCUCAACCGGGAUGCAGAAACCUUUUCAUCGGUGCCAUUUUGGACCUGUUCACCGGUCAAGACGGUCGGAACUGCAAUCACCGGAGGGCGUACCAUUAUUUCACGGAAUCCAUCAAGAGCCAUCGUGAGAAAAAUUGCAGGUUCGUGUCUUUUCCGUGUCCGAACCUGGAGGAUUUCGCCACGGAUUUCGUUGGAAGUUCGGCCUGUUUCUCCUGUGGCGAAUCUGGUUGCGGGGAAAUGGGUUAUUUCGCCGACAAGGCAGCGGGUCGCGGGAAGCAGUACCUGCUGACCCACGGCAAGGCUCGCACUCAGCUCUCCAAUUUCUGCGGUGAAAUGUACCGAUUGACGGUUUAUCAACCCGAGACGUCCAAUGACCAUCUCCCAGGUCAUUUGAGCUUGACGUUCUUGGAGAAGAGUGCUGUGGACAACGAGACACUGGGCACUUACACUAUUUCGAGCAAAGCUUCCGGGGCGUCUGGAAGAAAUGGAGCGAAAAUAUCGUCCAUCAUCCUUCUGCCUGCUCAUCACCAGUUCGACGAGCUGCCAGCGCUCAUCGGCUUCAAAGCAGACGGCGUGAGACAAUCCGGGUCAUCGCUGGCUUCCUUUUAUCUCCAAGGUCUCGAAUUGGAGAGUGAGAAGUUGCAUCUGAGAUAUUAUUUGUGCGUCGCGGCGCCGGAGCCCAUAUUGUCUGGAACGCAAGUCAGGAAACUACUUCGGACGACUCCUUGCUCAUGAAGUUUUAAUGGUAUCAAAACGAGAAAAGGUGAAACAGCUUCCAGCAGACGAAGGAGUCUCUAUGUAGAAGUUAUCCCACCGACUUGUAAUUGAUCUAUUCGUUUCUAGUCACACGCGAAGCACAUUUCUAAAAUUUAUUCAGCUGACGUCGAGUUGAAUCAUCAUGAUUCCAUGUUUUUUUUAGUGCGUUUUCCUUUGGGUGGAUGGUUGUUUGUUCAUUGCGAGCUAACUUUUUCGCGAAG